CCAGAGUACCGGACGCACAUUUUGAGGAACCUGCCGGCCGUUCGCGUCCUCUUCAGAUUUCGGCGAGCAGCGCAGCAACGAUAGAGCACGGACCAGUGACGCUUGAGAUCGGACCCGGACGAAGCUCGUCGCCGACGCCCAGCAGCGAUCCGGCUGCUCUAGAAGUUGACAGAAUGGAGAUAGCUUGCCAAUGAAGAAGAUAGGCGAUACACUCAUCCCGAAGGACGAGGAUGAAUAUGAUGAAGCCGAUAUUAAGAAGGCUCAAUUGAAUGCCACCGCCAUCAACUUCUUGUAUUGUGCUGUCAACGCCAACGAUUAUCAAAAGAUAUCUCGUUGCCAAACCGCCAAUCAAAUGUGGAACAAGCUCAUGAUCACAUACGAAAGUAUGCCUCAAGUUCGUGAAUCAAAAAUUGAUUUACUAACCCAUGAAUAUGAGUUAUUUGCUAUGAAAGAGAACAAACUUGUAGAGGACAUGUUUGGAAGAUUUUCAAACAUCGUCAACGACCUUGAUAUGCUUGGAAAGACACUUACCGACAAAGAGCUAGUGAGAAAAAUUCUGUGAAGUCUUACCAAGGAAUGGGAGUCGAAGGUUAACUCCAUUUACGAAGGCCGAGAUUACAACGUCAUCACAUACGACGGUCUUCGAGGUAACCUUAUCACUUACGAAACAAAUCAUCUUUCUCAUACUCUUGACGUUAAGAAGAGAACGGAAAUUGCUUUUAAAGCAUCAUCUUCUCAAAAAGUAGAGAUUGGUGAUUCGGAUUCGGAUAGUGAUAGCGGUAGUGAUUCUAGCACUUCCUGUGAUAUUUUGGUUGAAUGUUUUAAUGAAUUUUUGAAACAUGA